CGUCAUGCAAAGAUUGCAUGAGAUCGAUUCACGAUCUUUCCCUGUUCUUGUCCACUCUUUGUCCUGCAGACCAGACGUUAGAUGGAGAGAAGAAGGACCGAUGGGGCCAGUGGACAUGAGGAGUGACCGCGGACAGUUCCCGGGACUUCCACACACCCUGGAACAGCUUGACCUGAAAUAUUGCAUGUAAAAAAAAUCGUCCGGAGAUGAACGACGUGGAAGUUGGGGGAUCUCGCCCACCAGGUUUUCCUGCAUCUUCUCUGAAAAGACGCAUCAUGAGACUCGGAAGGAAGUCCAGUGAUGGUUCCUUGCAGGCUGCACAUCAGGGCAAGAAAAAAGUCAACCCAAUGGGAACACCGAGAAUCAUUAGAAGGGACUGCAGAUGAUUAACCACUUAACGACAUGCCAGGUCAAGUUCAUCCACUGGCAGUUCGUCUACAAGCAGGUCAGCUGAGGUCGUGGCUUUCAGGCAGCCUUGCAAGAGCCGCAUCCGUCGCCAUACCAACCGCCUUUCUGGAGUCUUCCUUCACGGCCCAGCCCACAUGUCCACGCAAGUCAGGAAAACAAGCAUGAUGGUAUCGGAUGCUGUAAUUGAGGACGACCCCUCUGAGCUGUCGAAUCAGUUAAGCGCACCAGGAAUCUUGAAGAUCUUUGGGGGUGAAAUCUGCAAAGGCGCUCACUAUAAGAGUGUCCUCGCCACCACGCACUCUAGUGCAAAAGAGUUGGUUAAGGAGGCCCUCGAAAGGUACGGCCUCGGAAAAGAAGAAGUGAGCUCAUAUGUUCUCUGUGACACUAUUGGCUCUAUUGGAGCGCGUCAGUGGAAAACUGAAGGAUUUCGAGUUGUGGGGGACAACGAGAAGCCACUCCUCAUACAGUCACUAUGGAAACCAAGGGAAGGCUUUGCCAGACGCUUUGAAAUCCAGCGGCUAAGCCUGGUAGAGGAACAGACAGCCAAAGAAAAAGACACCAUCACUGCUGGUAUCAAUGCCCAGGCCCGAAAGCUGCAGAAGAGUCGCUCCAGAGUGAACUCCACCCUCAUGGAAAGAACAAUCAGUCGCAGCCAGAAACUCUGGAGGAGCAAGAGUGAGAUGGAUCUUAUAGAUGCAGAGACCAAGAGAGAUCAGGAUAAAGGUUUGGGGGCUCAGAGAGAGUCCCUAAAUGGAUUUCCAGUAGAGAGCUAUAAGCAUCCAGAAGCAGGGCCAGGACUCACAGUUUCCUCAAAAUUCAAUGGGGAAUUGCGGGACAAAACAGAGGCCCUCUGUCCAUCAAGACCGAGAGGUGAGCAGGAAGGAGAGGAGUCGGAGAGGGAGGAGACGGAAAGUAGCGAUGACAACACCACACAGUACUCUAUUCACCCACCCCACGACUGUCCAUACCUGCUGCUGCUGCAUGGCUGCAGCUUUGUCCAGGACUUCGUCAUCUACCUACUUAUGAGUCCCAGGAUUGUAAUAGGGCGACAAGAUGGACAAAACGAACAUACCUCAAAGGUGGACUUCAGCCUCCUUGCUGAAGAUAUACUUCCUAAACACUGCAGUUUUCAUCGUAAUAGUACUGGGGGACCUACAGUACUCUACCCUUUUCCGGAUGCUGUGGUCAUAAGGAAUGGCAGCGCACUGAACAACGAAGUAGAACUUAACCCAGGUGAUGUCAUUGGCCUGGGACAAAGCUACUUGUUUUUGUUCAAAGAUCCCUUAAUACACAAGCAAAAAGAAGUGGACAGUGCUGCUAUUGAUCCCAGUGCGUCGUCAGUCCCCUGGUUACUUGGAUACGCCACAUCUGCUGCGACAACAAGCCAGACAAAAGAUGGGAUACUCUGCGACACCUGCAUUGACCUCCAGGGCCAUGAUAUGUUAAAUUCCCUAAAAAGGGCCCCCCCAUCUCUGAAAUCAGCAGAGGGCCUGUUUCUGACUUUGAACUAUCAGGCUGAGGAUGAGCAUUGCAUUGUGAAAAAAAUUAUUGCUAUGGGAAGCAGCGGUGUGAAAGACAGACCACCACUGACUGUUGCAUUUUUGCUCUGCAUGUGUAUUCAAUAUUCCUCAACACGCCUCCCUACGUCAGACCUACGAAGACUUCUGCUGCUUAUUGCAAGUGAAAUUGAGAGUGCCGUGUGGGAGCAAACCAAUGAAUUAGCUUCUGUUCAAAAGGAAAUCCUCGGUGACAAAAUAUCAGGACUGUUUCCCCUGGUGCUAUGGAUGUCAAACAGCCUAGAAAUACUCCAGUUCAUCCAGUACCAGCUGCCUCUCCUCUUAGAGUGGAGAAACACAGAGGACAAUGAAGAUGGAAGAGAACAAAGCGAGAAGGAGGGAAAUUUGGACCUGCUGGGGUUAAAGCUGUCUUGUCUUCGUUCAGCCUGUGGAGAAACGAUAGCCGCCCUGGAGGAGGUCAUCAUGCUUACCUUCCAGCAGUGUGUGUACUACAUUACCAAGGUCCUCUACCCCAUCCUGCCGGUCGUUCUUGAUUGCAACCCAUUCAUGGAGGGUCCCGAUCCACCUCAGGGGACCGGCGAGGAUGUUUCGGUCCUGGGUGGAAGCAGGCUGAAGGUCCCUGAUGAGAUCCAGCAGGUUGUGGCGGUCCUGACAGAGACUCAGAGGCUCCUAUCAGACAGUCAGCUCCACCCUGAGAUUUCCACACAGCUCAUUGGAUUCCUUUUCUACUUCAUCAAUGCAUCACUCUUCAACGUACUCAUGGAAAGAGGCUCUGUGCCAGGUUUCUAUCAGUGGUCUACAGGCAUGCGCUUAUGGACCAAUCUUGACUUGCUGCUGAGCUGGGCCCAGACAACUGGAUUGGGAAAGCUGGCUUCUGCUCACAUGCACACUCUCUCAUCUGCAAUAAGUCUUUUAGCUACACCUAAGAAUCGCUUGCAACAGACAUCUUGGGUGUCGCUGCGAUCCGAUUUCCCUGCCCUGAAUGCAGCUCAGCUGAACCACCUGCUGAGUCUUUACAUCCCGCCGUCUCCCACUUGGACGCCUUGUGUUCGAGACCAGGCAGACACACACAACACUGAUGACAUCUUGCAAACUUUUGACACCCAUCAUCCUCUCAGACUGCCAGAUGGGGAUUUCCAGUUCGUUUUGGGAAAGGCAGUGAGAUAUUCAUCCCUGACUGAACAGUUGGACAAGCUCAAAGUAUCAAUGUUCAACCUCUCUAAUUUACAGUCCCAUGGAGUCACUGCUACUGGCCAGCACAAGGGUAUCAUUAGCCCCACGGAGACCAGAAACAAGCAAGAAAAUAUGGACACAACAUCAGUCCAAACUAUCCACCAUUGCCCGUCCUCCUCUGUUUCACCGCCAUCAACCUCUUCCUCCACCCAACAACUGGAUGACCUCAGUGCCUGCGGUGCCCUCCUUUUGUCCAAGAAGCUUUGGGACUUGCAGACAAGAGAGGCGUACACCGCUGACAGGAGGAGGUCGGCACUGGACCCCUCGUGUCUCCUCACCCCACCCAACAGUCCCCUUAUCAUAGAUCCUGUUCACUUUCCCGGAAAAGACACAUUAAUGAAGGGUGCAAGUGACACACAUUCUUGUUUUACUGAUGUUGGGGGACACAUUGGAGAUGGCCUAGUGUUUGAAUGUCUGGCUGCACUGAAAGAUGACCAUUUGAAUCCAGAUUACACCUGCAUGAAAAGGAUAUUUGAACUCAUAGAGGAAGAGGAGGAGGAGGCCGAAGAUAUGAUCAACCAUUUUGAUGACAACAAUGAUGAGAUCUUCAGUUUGGAUAUAGAGCGGGAUGAAAGCGGUCUGGGCCUUGCACUAGUCGACACACGGGAUCUCCCAUCAAAGGUGAAAGGCAUAUUUAUCAGGGCCGUGGUCCCAGACACUCCUGCAGCCCGCUGUGACAAGCUGAAAUCAGGAGACAGGAUCCUUGCUGUUAAUGGAGUCAGUCUGCUUGGCCCUCACUGCCAAAAUGGCAAAGAGUUAAUGCAGUCGUCAGGCGAUAGACUGAGGCUACUGGUGGCAAGAUCUGAUUGGAUGUCCAAAGCUGUACAGACUGAAUGCUGACGUUUGUGUUUGGUUACAUUGUUCUCACCAAGUUACUGCCGUAGCAGCUGUAUGAACUAAAACAUGCUGUUUUAAAUGUUUGCAAGGAAUCACUACCCCACCCCUGACCAUAACCAAGUGGAACAAUCUGCUGAUAAGAAACUUUUUUUUAUAUUUUGGGGAUGACAAUGACACUGAUUCAUACAUAAGGCUCUGCAGACAAACUGCAGUGUAAUUACAGUAUGUUCAAAUCCUUUUUUUUAAUGGUUUAAUUACUCAAAUUGCAGUAACGCCAUGUUUGGUCUGUCUUAUAUUCAUGUGUAAAUAUAUAUUUUUUAAAUGAAUCUGAAUUCUAGUCCUGUGUGUUCCAAAAAGUGCACUUUUACUUCAACGUGUAGAGAACGGGGUUGAUUUUCACACUUUUUUACUGCAGUGUGUAUUCUUUCAGCAGUCAUUUCUACAUCAAAAUAAAGCUUACAGUGAAGUGGG